AUUUUACCCGCGCUUUGCAUCGAAAUACACCGUGGCGGGUAGUUGUGUACGUUAGGCGUAUAAGCGGCAAACGUAGGCUUUUCUGAGAUGGUUGUUGAAAGAUCUGGUAAAAUGUUUGUUUUGAAGAGAGAUGGAAGGAAAGAGGAAGUCCAUUUUGACAAGAUCACGUCCAGAAUACAGAAACUGUGCUAUGGAUUGAACAUGGAUUUUGUGGAUCCACCAGCGAUCACUCUGAAAGUUAUCAGUGGUCUAUACUCUGGUGUAACAACAGUGGAGCUGGACAAUCUUGCAGCAGAGACUGCCGCCACAAUGACAACCAGACAUCCUGAUUAUGCAGUACUGGCAGCAAGAAUUGCAGUUUCAAACCUACACAAAGAAACUAAGAAGGCUUUCAGUGAUGUAAUGGAUGAUUUGUAUAAUAUGGUCAAUCCUGUGACAAAAAGGAAAAGUCCACUUAUAUCAGAAUUCCACCACAACGUUAUUAUGAAAAAUGCAGACAGGCUUAAUUCUGCAAUAAUUUAUGAUAGAGAUUUUAGUUACAACUACUUUGGAUUCAAGACACUAGAACGUUCAUAUUUGCUACGCAUUGAUGGAAAAGUUGUUGAACGGCCUCAACAUAUGUUGAUGCGUGUAUCUGUUGGCAUACAUGGUGAGGACAUAGAUGCUGCCAUACAAACAUAUAAUCUGUUAUCUGAAAGAUACUUCACACACGCUUCGCCUACACUCUUCGGAGCUGGUACUCCUAGACCCCAGUUAUCAAGCUGUUUUCUGCUGUGCAUGAAAGAGGACAGCAUUGAAGGUAUUUAUGAUACUUUGAAGCAGUGUGCAAUGAUUUCCAAAUCGGCGGGAGGUAUUGGUCUUAGUGUACAUUGCAUACGAGCUGCUGGAAGUUACAUUGCUGGCACCAAUGGCACGUCCAAUGGCUUGGUUCCUAUGCUGCGUGUAUAUAACAAUACAUCCAGAUAUGUGGACCAGGGCGGUAAUAAGAGACCUGGAGCAUUUGCAAUCUACCUGGAGCCUUGGCAUGCAGACGUCUUUGAAUUCCUGGACCUGAAAAAGAACACGGGGAAAGAGGAAGUUCGUGCUCGGGACUUGUUUUAUGCUUUGUGGAUCCCAGAUUUAUUUAUGCGUCGUGUGGAGGCCAAUGAAGAAUGGAGUUUAAUGUGUCCCCACAACUGUCCUGGUCUCCAAGAUUGUUGGGGUGAAGAAUUUGAAAAACUCUAUACAAAAUAUGAAGCUGAAGGAAGAUAUGUACGCAAAGUGAGGGCUCAGCAAUUGUGGUAUGCUAUUAUAGAGUCACAAGUGGAAACAGGGACACCUUACAUGUUGUACAAGGAUGCCUGCAACCGAAAGUCUAAUCAACAAAAUCUGGGUACAAUAAAAUCCAGCAACCUGUGUACGGAGAUUAUUGAGUACACAUCACCAACAGAGAUUGCUGUAUGUAACCUUGCAUCCAUAGCUGUCAAUAUGUUUGUGAAACCUGAUAAGACGUAUGAUUUUGACAAGCUGAAAGAAGUCUCAAAAAUUGUGACCAAAAAUUUAAAUAAAAUAAUUGAAGUCAAUUUUUAUCCUGUACCAGAGGCAAGGACGUCAAACAUGCGACAUCGUCCUAUUGGUAUUGGUGUUCAGGGCCUUGCAGAUGCAUUUAUUCUAAUGAGAUAUCCUUUUGAGAGUGAAGAGGCUCAGAAGUUAAAUAUCCAGAUAUUUGAAACUAUCUACUAUGGAGCUCUAGAAGCAAGCUGUGAACUGGCAGAGACCUUGGGUGCUUAUGAGACUUACGAAGGAAGUCCUGUCAGCAAAGGGAUUUUGCAGUAUGAUAUGUGGGAUGUUAAACCUACAUCACUUUGGAAUUGGGCUGCUCUCAAGGAAAAAAUUGCAGCCCAUGGUGUCCGCAACUCUCUCUUGUUGGCACCUAUGCCAACUGCAUCAACUGCCCAAAUUCUUGGAAACAAUGAGUCGUUUGAGCCAUAUACCAGCAAUAUCUAUACACGUCGUGUUUUGUCUGGAGAAUUUCAGGUUGUAAAUCAACACCUCUUGAGGGACUUGACUGAGUGUGGUCUGUGGAAUGAUGAUAUGAAGAAUGAAAUAAUAGCAAGUGGUGGAUCAAUACAGAACAUUGCUGGCAUUCCUGAUGAUCUGAAGGCACUGUACAAAACUGUGUGGGAGAUACCUCAAAAAACUAUUAUCAAGAUGGCAGCUGAUAGAGGAGCUUUCAUUGAUCAGAGCCAGUCUCUCAACAUACAUAUUGCUGAACCAAAUUAUGGAAAGCUAACAUCAAUGCAUUUCUAUGCAUGGCGAAUGGGGCUGAAGACGGGAAUGUACUAUCUUCGUACUAAGCCUGCGGCUCAAGCAAUCCAGUUCACAGUCGACAAGAGUAAAUUAUCACGCAAUGUUAGCACCUCAACAAAUGGCCAUUCCACCCCAAAGGUGCAAAACAACAGCGAUGAAGCAUACAAUAUGAGUGCAAUGGUUUGUUCACUAGCCAACAAGGAUGAAUGUUUAAUGUGUGGUUCAUAGAGUAUUUACAUACAAUGCUUAAAAGUGUAUCAAUGUGUAUAACAUACAACAUUGCAAUUGUUCUGAGCCAUAUUGGCUAAGGAGAAAAAUAUUUUUGUGCUGUUUCGUUUAAUCAAAACUAGUCACAUAGAUGUUUAUUACAUCCUGUAUAUCUUUUUUGAAUGCUGCUUACAUCCAUUAACUAUUACAUAUUUUUGAUAGAUCUGAAGCUUUUCUUUUUUAUGAAUAUGUAUGUUUUAUGGGAGGCAUUUUAGUCCUUCAUUUUAUAUUUUUCUUGUAGUGCAUGUGAUACAGGAUUCCAUCCUUGUGGCUAACUAUGGUUAAAUGAAAUAUGCCAGGAAAACAGUUAUGUCAGAUAUUUUUCAAGAAAUGUAAUACAUCACAUGAACACAACUUAAGGUUCUGUUACAAACACGAAUACUUCGGGUUCGAUUUUGAAGUGUGCAAUAUUUGAUGUUGCAGAUAACUGAAAGUAUCAGAUCAUCUUUUUCAUGUACAGUGCAGUCCAUAGUGUAUCAUGUCUAUCUUUACCAGUUUUUUCCCAAAGGAUUCUGUAAUUUCAGUUAAUCAGAUAAACUACUGGUAGUAUGAAAGUUCAAUAUAUUGUUUGGAGUAGGGAAGAAGUGCAGCAGUUCCCUGUAAAUCUCUGUCUGUUUACAAUUUAUUUCUGUAUUUAAGUUUUAGGUUACCUUGUAUUUAACUGGUUUAAUAGAAAGCAAUUGCUUUUACAUUUUAAAUGAAAUCUCAGUUUUAAAUGAAAUCUCAGUUUUAUAUGAAAUCUCAGUUUUACAUGAAAUCCCAGUUUCUUUUAUGUAUAUUUUGAUUGUGUUGUGUGCAUUAUAUUUAGAAAUGAAACUGGUAUUAAACGAAGAAGGUUGGUAAUCAGAUUUUCAAAGUCUUAGAGAAUUUAAUGCUGUGGGUGAAUGAUGUUGAUAUUUAUUAUUAAAAAUGGAGUCUCAUUUGUAAAAGUAAAAGGGUAUCUUACAGCACUGACUCUACCAAAAUCAGAUUAUGCAAUAGAAAAAAUGAUAGUGCCCUUAUUGAGAAACGUAAUAUUUGUGUAUGUGCAUACAUCUGAACAUAAAAUGGGUUUCACACACACAAUGCCUUAUUACUGUAUAUUAAUAACUCCCAUUCAUUUUGUGAAAAAAGUUUUGUGGUUCAUUAUGUAGAUAACUCGUAUUAUUCACUGGGCUGACAGCUGUUGAAAUUGUUUCUUUGUGUGUACUGCCAUUUCUCAGCUUAUUUUCACUUCCAGGUCGGAGUGUUAUCACAACAAUCUGUUCCUAAUUAAAGUAAAUAGAAUGGAAGUGGUACUAAUAGAAUAUUUAUAAGUACUUUAGUGAUUCAUGAAGGUGGUGGCAUUUUAUGUUUGGCUUAGGAGUAAUUUAUUGCUGAUCUGUCAUUUUAGUCAGUGAUGAGGUGUACAAAAUACGUACUGAGAGGAUCUGAGCACUCUUUGAAGUGAAAUGGAUAUUUUUUAUAUUUUUAUAAUUAAGAAAUGUUAACUUACAUGUUUCUUCCUGCUGUGUGCACUGUUAUCUUCAUGGUAUAGAUAUUAAAGUAGGAAUUUUACGUGCACCAUUGUUACUGUUGCUGAACAUCUGUUAACAUCUGAGUGUUAUAAAUGAUUUCUACUGAGGUCACUGUGUUUCUGCACUACAUUUGUAUGUGAAGGAUAUGUACGUUGUCUGCUAUAUCAUAAGUAAAAGGAUUGUUUAC